AUGAAGACACCACUGUUGGGCUUGGUUUUGUGGUCAGUGCUUCUCUGUCCAGGAGUGAUAAUUGAGACCACCCAGGUGAGACGGAACUGCAGAAUUGGCAACUACCAGAUCACUGUCCUGAUGAUGGACAACUCGGCCUUCCCAGAGUCCCAUGAGAACCUGAAAGAUGCAGUGAACCAAGGAUUGGAAAUAGUGAGAAAGCGUCUAAUUGAUAACGGCAUAAAUGAGACUGUGGAUGCUUCCUUUAUCUCUUCAGAGGGUAUGAUUUAUAGGUCAAGUGACUGCCGGAGUAGCACCUGCGAAGGCCUUGAGCUCCUCAGGAAAAUUUCAAAUAAAGAAAAUAUGGGCUGUGUCCUCAUGGGGCCCUCGUGUACAUAUUCCACCUUCCAGAUGUACCUUGACACAGAUUUGAAGUAUCCCAUGAUUUCAGCUGGAAGUUUUGGCUUGUCAUGUGACUACAAAGAAACUUUAACCAGGCUGAUGUCUCCAGCUAGGAAGCUAAUGUAUUUCUUGGUUGAGUUUUGGAAGGCCAAUAAUUUGGCAUUCAAACCUUAUUCCUGGACAACUGCAUACCUUUUCAAGAAUGGUACAGAGUCUGAAGACUGCUUCUGGUAUCUCAAUGCUCUGGAGGCUGGCGUUUCCUAUUUUUCUCAGAAUCUUAAUGUCAAGGAGGUGUUGAGACAGGAGAAACAGUUUCAUGAAAUCUUAAUGGACCAGAACAGAAAAAGCAAUGUGAUUGUUGUAUGUGGUACACCAGAUACCAUCAACUCCCUCAUGGGUGACCGGGCAGUGGCUGAAGAUACUGUCAUUAUUCUGGUGGAUCUAUUCAAUAACAACUACUUCAUGGACAAUGCCACAGCCCCUGACUAUAUGAAAAAUGUUCUUGUUCUGACACUGGGUCCUGAAAAUCCCAACACAAAUAUCUCUUUCGCUCAGCAUUCCUUACCGGCAAUGAAUGACUUUUCUCUUGCCUACCUGAAUGGAGUCUUGCUCUUUGGACAUAUGCUGAAGACAUUUCUGGAAAAUAAAGAAUCUGUUACCUCCUACAAAUUUGCUCAGGCUUUCAGGAAUGUCACUUUUGAAGGGUUAACGGAUAACGUGACUUUGGACGACUAUGGGGAUAUCGAUAAUAUAAUGGUGCUUCUGUAUACCUCUGUGGAUACCAAAAAAUACAAGCUUCUUUUAUCCUUUGAUACCCACAAAAAUAUAACUGAACCAGAAGCUAUGAGCCCCACAUUCAUUUGGAAGAACUAUAAACUUCCUAAUGAUGUUCCAGAACGGGGACCUCAAAUCCUGAUGAUUGCAGUCUUCACUCUCACUGGAACUGUGGUCCUGAUCCUGUUGAUUGCCCUCCUGGUGCUGAGAAAAUAUAAAAAAGAAAAUGAACUUCGUCAGAAAAAAUGGUCCCACAUUCCUCCUGAAAACAUCUUCCCUCUGGACACCAAUGAGGCGAACCAAGUUAGUCUGAAGAUCGAUGACGACAGGAGACGAGAUACAAUUCAGGGACUACGACAGUGCAAAUACGACAAAAAGAGGGUGAUUCUUAAGGAUUUGAAGCAAAACGAUGGCAACUUCACUGAGAAACAGAAGAUAGAAUUGAACAAGUUGCUUCAGAUUGACUAUUACAACCUAACCAAAUUCUACGGGACGGUGAAGCUUGAUACCAUGAUCUUUGGGGUGAUCGAAUACUGCGAGAGAGGAUCCCUCCGGGAAGUUUUAAAUGACACAAUUUCAUACCCUGAUGGUACAUUCAUGGACUGGGAGUUUAAGAUCUCUGUCUUGUAUGACAUUGCUAAGGGGAUGUCAUAUCUGCAUUCCAGUAAAACAGAAGUCCAUGGUCGUCUGAAAUCCACCAACUGUGUGGUGGACAGUAGAAUGGUGGUGAAGAUCACUGAUUUUGGCUGCAAUUCCAUUUUACCUGCAAAAAAAGACCUGUGGACAGCCCCGGAGCACCUCCGCCAAGCCAGCAUCUCUCAGAAAGGAGACGUUUACAGCUACGGGAUCAUUGCACAGGAGAUCAUCUUGCGGAAAGAAACCUUUUACACACUGUGCUGCCGGGACCAGAAUGAAAAGAUUUCUAGAGUGGAGAAUUCCAAUGGCAUGAAGCCCUUCCGCCCAGAUCUGUUCGUGGAAACAAUCGAGGAAAAAGAGCUGGAAGUAUAUCUACUCGUAAAAAAUUGCUGGGAGGAAGAUCCAGAAAAAAGGCCAGAUUUCAAGAAAAUUGAGAAUACACUGGCCAAGAUAUUUGGCCUUUUUCAUGACCAGAAAAGUGAAAGUUACAUGGAUACCUUGAUCCGACGUCUGCAGCUGUAUUCUCGAAACCUGGAACAUCUGGUGGAGGAAAGGACACAGCUGUACAAGGCCGAGCGGGACAGAGCGGACAGACUUAACUUUAUGUUGCUCCCAAGGCUAGUGGUAAAAUCUCUGAAGGAGAAAGGCAUUGUGGAACCUGAACUAUAUGAAGAAGUUACAAUCUACUUCAGUGACAUUGUAGGUUUCACCACUAUCUGCAAAUACAGCACGCCCAUGGAAGUGGUAGACAUGCUGAAUGACAUCUAUAAGAGUUUUGACCACAUUCUCGACCACCAUGACGUGUACAAGGUGGAAACCAUUGGUGAUGCCUACAUGGUAGCUAGUGGUUUGCCUAAGAGAAACGGCAAUCGGCACGCAGUAGACAUUGCCAAGAUGGCUUUAGAUAUUCUCAGCUUUGUGGGAACCUUUGAGCUGGAACAUCUUCCGGGCCUCCCAAUAUGGAUUCGUAUUGGAGUUCACUCUGGUCCCUGUGCCGCUGGAGUUGUGGGGAUCAAGAUGCCUCGUUAUUGUUUAUUUGGCGAUACUGUCAACACAGCCUCUAGGAUGGAGUCCACUGGCCUCCCCUUGAGAAUUCACGUGAGUGGCUCCACCAUAGCCAUCCUUAAGAGAACUGAUUGCCAGUUCUUGUAUGAAGUACGAGGAGAAACAUACCUAAAGGGAAGAGGAGCCGAGACCACCUACUGGCUGACCGGGAUGAAGAACCAGGUGUACAACCUGCCAACCCCUCCUACUGUGGAGAAUCAACAACGCUUGCAAGCCGAAUUUUCAGACAUGAUUGCCAACUCUUUGCAGAAAAGGCAGGCUGCGGGGAUAAGACACCGAAAACCCACACGGGUAGCCAGCUACAAAAAAGGCACUCUGGAAUAUCUGCAACUGAACACAACAGACAGAGAGAGCACCAAUUUCUAAACCUAAGUGAGGGCCAAGGACUCAGGCAAAGGAAGCACAGAUGAUCUUAGGCAGCGGCCUCAAGGGUCCCAAAAGCCUCCAUUUCCCUGAAGCCUCAGGGGAACAGAAGACUCAGGUGCAUUCCACUGAGCCUUGGUUGCCUCGUUUGGAACAUUUUUGGAGAAUCUUCUGGAACAUUCUAGAAAAGUAAAUUACCUUUUUCUCUGGAGCUUGAUCUCAACAGUUGCUCCAGGGAGAUUCAACC